AUGGUUUGCGAUAAAUGUGAGGCAAAAUUAGCGAAAAUAGUGACGCCAGACCCGUGGAAAUCGGGCGCCCGCAAUACCACAGAGGGCGGCAGGAAGAUUAACGAGAACAAGGCACUCACAAGUUCCAAGGAGCGCUUCAAUCCGAUCGGAGAGCUGAGACCUUGUCGAAUUUGUCGGUCGAAAACGCAUCAAAAGGGAGCUUAUUACUGUCAGGCGUGCGCUUACAAGAAGGGAAUUUGUGCGAUGUGCGGCAAAAAGAUCCUAAAUACCAAAGGAUAUCGACAGUCGUCUACUUAG